AUGUUAGUUCCCCAAUCAAUGACUAAUUCCAUUCAUCUUGUAUUCUCUCCAAUACCAACUAGGGUUCAUAGAAUUCUCUCCAAUUCUUCUCCCUCCAGCAGCCUGUCUUAUCAUGGAUUAUCAUCCCCUCCUCCACCUUCUUCAUCGCCAGCAGCAGAGCAUACCUUGAAAGAACAUGAACCAAAUCAUUAUUCUUCUUCCUCUGUUUCAUCAGCAGACCUUCUAAAGAGAAAAAGGCCCGCAAGGAUCAACAUCCCGAUCAUUUCCUUCAGUUUCCCACCCGUUGAUACAUUCAGGGAAUUUGAGUUCCAAGAAGAUGCAUAUUCUGCCUAUUGCAAACGCGGGAAGAAAGGUCCCAUGGAAGAUCGAUAUUCAGCUGUCCUCAACUUUCAAGGAGAUUCCAAAGAGGGAUUUUUCGGUGUUUUUGAUGGGCAUGGAGGGUCGGCGGCUGCUGAGUUUGCAGCAAAGCAUAUGGACAAGAACAUCAUGGAAGAACUACGGAGAAGAAAUGAAUGCGGUGACGGUGAAGUAGAAGCAGCAAUAAAAGAGGGUUAUCUUAAGACCGAUAGGCAGUUUUUAAAUGAAGAUGAUAAUGUAAUUAGUGGGCGUGGAGGAGCUUGUUGUGUGACGGCCUUGAUACGUGAAGGAGAACUUAUAGUCUCUAAUGCCGGCGAUUGUAGGGCUGUGAUGAGCCGAGGAGGAGUGGCAGUGCCACUAACUACCGAUCAUCGUCCUUCAAGACAAGAUGAAAUGGCGCGAAUAGAAAGCCUGGGUGGAUAUGUGGAUAGUGGUCGUGGAGUUUGUCGAGUACAAGGAUCUCUUGCGGUGUCUAGAGGGAUUGGAGAUGGACAUUUAAAACCGUGGCUAACUGCUGAACCGGAGACAACCAUAUUACCUGUUUCCAGUGAUUGUGAAUUUUUGAUCCUUGCUUCUGAUGGACUUUGGGAAAAGGUCGAUAAUCAAGAGGCUGUAGAUGUAAUUCGGGCGCUUUGUACAGACGUUGAUAAUCCUGAACCGUUGUCGUCUGCAUGUAAGAAGCUCGCUCAAUUGUCGGUGUUAAGAGGCUCCAUUGAUGAUAUUAGCCUGAUUAUAGUUCAACUAAAUCGUUUCCUUAAUUAAUUUAUUUGAAAUAAUAUGCUUAGAGUAUGAUUGGUUUUGAUAGUUGUAAUAGACUUGCAAUAUUGAUAAUGUAAUUAGUGUUUAUAA